AUGGGCGGUCUGCGAUCCUUUCAACAAUCAAUGGAAAAGCACUUUGUUGCUGUGGAAGAGGAACUCUGCGGCCUGAAAUCCCAAACACAACUACUGCUGGAGAAUGACAGACUCUUGACCGAAGAACUUAACCACCACAUCAAGAACGAAAGGAGCUUGAAGUCAGCAUUUCGAGAUGUCAAAGCAGAACUAGCAGAAGCACAGCAUAUCUUGAUCAGGGUGAAACUUUUGCUCAAGAAAUUGUCACAUGAGAAUGUAGCCUUGAAGGAAAAACUCCGCCGUGAGCGUGAGCUUCUCACCGAAGCCAAACAGGCCGCCGCUGAGUCUGCCACUCAACAUCAAAGAGUGACUAUGGGCUUCAUGACAAAACUCAGAUCCUUGCAGAAGCGCAGCGAGACAUUAUAUGAUGACCAAUGUGCUUCUGAAUGGCGAAAGCUUCAGCAAGCCCUUAAGUCUUGGACAGGGCGCACCUUCAAGGAUGAAUCAGCUAUGAGUAAAAUGACGUUGGAGAGUGCUAUCUUUGCCACUGUUUUCGAUUACUCCUUUGCCUUCAGCCCCAAUACACAAUCGGAGCAAUUGUUGACUGCCGUAGGAAAAAUCGUUAGAGACUCUGGCAGCAGCCAUACGUGGGAAAUUUGGCGCUUGGCGACCAGCAAAGCUUUGGAUAAUCGUGCUAGCUUUGAGAACCACCGCCUUGAUGACCCCUGCAAUCAAUUUUCACAGAUGGUCGAAGCUCUGUUCAGUGACUAUUACAGCCCAAAUAUUCAUAAAGAUAACACCCACAGAGCACUUCUACAGAUAUUCGAGGAUUGCCUCUCUUUCAAAAAGAAACUCGAACGACAGGAGUUUGAGUAUCAGACUCGGCAAAGUCCACCCGGAACAGUCUAUUCUACAGAAAAAAUGAAAAGUUUAAACUUUGUGGAAGACGACGGUAGCAUAGUCACAAUGAGUAUUUGGCCUUCGCUUUACAAAUUGUCUUUCGAAAACGAAGAGCUCCUCAUCCAGCCUGAAGCCGUUUGGACGAAGGAACCUGUUCAUGUCGGCGAUGAUUCACCAAUGAAGAACAACUCCGACGUCCACAAAGAGAUCAAGCGAGAGGUAAAGACUGAAGGGGAUGAUGACGAGUUAAGUUUGGUCAUGCUUUCAUCUUGA